AUGAAUGAAUCUUCAAAUAACACUCCUUCUAAUUUUACUCCAGCUGGCCUUACACCGUUUGAGGAAGCUUUCUAUCUGGGUACCGGCUUUACUGGAUUUGCCUUCAAUGCUUUGGUGCUGUUUAUUGCCUAUAUGCGUAUCGAUACGCACGAUAAACCUCGUCAGCUAAUUGUUAUCAAUAUGACAGCUGCAGAUUUGAUGAUGUGUUUAGUAUAUAUGGCAACACGACCAUAUUUGCAGUAUUUUCCGUCUUAUUUAUGCUAUCCAUAUUAUGUGAUUAUUUGCUCUUCACAACUCAGCAGUUGCUUUAACUUAUUAUGGCUAAAUCUCGACAAGCUUAUAUUUGUACAGUUUCCGUUACAUUACUACUCAUUUGUUACACAUGUUCGUUUGAUGGUGCUAACGCUGAUGACUUGGCUUAUCAUAGGUGGAUUCACGCUAAUCGGCUAUUCAUCACUGCGAUACGUCGAUGAUAGCAACGUUUGUUGCACUCCGUUCUUCUUCCCCUACUUCUUAACUGCUUUUCUAAUCUUAGUUUUUUUCAACUUUUUUCUUCGACCACAUUUAUUUGGGCAUUUGGGUAUUAACGUAAUCAAUGUGAAGAUCUUUCGACAGCUAUUUUUCUUGUUUAGCAGUACAUUAUGGACAUUUUUUACGUGUCUUCCAUAUCGAGCAUUAUAUCUGUACGCAUACUUUGAAGAUGUUGUUUCGUUUGCACCUCGUCCGCCAGACGACUUUUUCUAUGUGCUUGUAGAUCUCUUCUUCCGAAUUCUGGUUCUUGGAAUGGUGAUUAAUCCACUGAUUACAAUACUGACACAACGGAUUUAUCGGGUUCAGUUGAUGCACUAUCUGCAGGUAAUCUUCUGUCGUCAGGCAGCAACCAAAAAUGGCAUCGAUUAUUCGGUGAACGCCAAUGAUGCCUAUAUCCGCCGUCCGUCAACCCGGAAUAAGAGUAUGGCUGAGUGCCGAACACUUACUGAUAAUACUGCUGAGCUUUAG